AUGACGCCUCUUUCUGCUAAAGAGACACUCAAGCGUAACAAGGCUAUAUCACGCAUGGUUCACCUUGCAGAAGCAAUUUGUUUGAUUCCUGAUGAUAUUGAUAUAGUUUUAGUACAAUAUAGAAAUAUUGGAGAACACGACUGGGAGAACAAAGACGCCAACAUCUUAGUUUUCAAAUACAAGGAUCCUGCUGGAAUCAACUUGUACCAAGCGCUUCGGAACUUGGCGAAAAUUAUUUUAUCAUUAACUUUGAACGAACGCUGA